AUGGCCGCGCCGAUUCCGCUUGUCCCCAUCACCACGCUGCCGUUCUGGGCAGUGGAUCUCGAUAUGGCAUGGCCCUCCUCCUUCAACGUUGCCUUUGCUACCAGGUUCCUUGGCGUCAGCGAGUCGCGCUUUCAAGCAGCCCUCCGCCACCGGGACAAGUUGCCAGAGAAGUACUUUGGAGAUGGGAUGCGCGCCGAAUUUGAUGACAUUAAGGGCGUCCUUAUCCCGCUGUGGGCCGCACUCCGCCACACCGUCACCCUUCCCCCGUUCAUUGCCCUUGUCAACGAGUCCCACGGCGUCGGCGCCGCUCUUGAUCGGCUCCGCCACGAUCCGGCCCGACAGGCAACGUGUCUCCAAUGGCAACCGGAGACAUCCGUUUCCGAUUUGGGUGGGGAUGAGUGGUGGCAUGACUUCUUCAUUCCUACUCCCCCACCCCCAACUGCGCCCUUGCUCACUGUCUCGGCGUCAACACCCCCUCGGUUCCGUCGCUCUGCUCGCGUUGUAGAGGCUAUCAUUAGGAAGGACGCGCCGCCAUCUCCGCCCGACGAGCCCACACCCCCUCCCACGACAAUAUACUCUGCCGUUCGCGCGUUCGCCCCCAACGCUGCAGGUUUUCACGGCCAUACCGUUCCAAAGGCCAAGAAACUCCAGAAGUUCGACGCCGUCGUGAUCACGAUGCCUAAGAAGAAAGCUUCGGCGUCAACGUCCGCGGGGAAGAAACGGGCUGCCUCCACCCCGCCCGCAACCGAACCCCCUGCCAAGAAACCUAGAGGAGGCGGGGCCAAGGCGAAGAAGGGGAAGGGGAAGCAGAGCAAUUCUCCCAAAGCCAGGGGACCGCGCCGGCCCACGCUCACGGAGACAAUCCCCGACCACCUCGCGAUCGUCAUGGAGAAGGGGUGUACCCGGUGCCGCGAAGCUGGAGUGGUUUGUCUGCGCGCCGAAAAGCGAGUUUGCAAGCGGUGCGGGACGCGUAAACAAGGCUGUGACCUCGAACACGAAAAGGCUGCGAGCAGGGUUCCAAAACGCCGCCAGAACACGUACAAGCCAGUCAAGAAGUCGGCGAAGAAAUCAGCUAAAGACGCGCCGAAGCCACCCACUCCUACCCGCUCCAUUACCGUCAAGCGUACGGGAGACUUCCCCAACCCCAAGUCCGCUGAGCCGUACAUGGAAGUUGACGAUGAGGCAUCCUCCGAUGAAUGGGAAGACACGGAGAGCGACGACGAGGAUGGGCAGGAGGGUAAGCAGCCCCACGACGCCAAACCUGUCCAACGUACACGGUAUGUCGACGUCAGUGAGGAUAUGACCAGGUUGAUCUUCGAGGCAGAUGCGCAUCUUCGCAUCGCGAAUUUGUACAUGAGCUCGCUGGUGUUUUCGCCUUAG